GCUGAUUUUUAAACACAAGCGAGGAAGACGCAUCAAAACAAGGUGAAACUGAAACGCAAUUAGUUCUACGAUAGUCUUCUCCGGGGCGUGUUUGGAACUGUUGCUUAGCAUGUUUCUGAGGAAAACUUUAAAUGUAACAUGAUUUGGAAUUUGAUUAUACUAUACAUUAAAUAGAGCAGAUGGGUCUUACCAACCUAAAUGCCCUGACCAAGCAUGUGUUUCUAUGCAGAUUUGCAUGGAGAAGUUUAUGUUCAAAACAUGUUGUAGGGAGGUGCUACAUGAACAUUGCCAAAUGUAAACCCACCAGCUUUCACCGAGUGGGUGCCAUGUUACCAUGCCCAAAACAAAGUUUAAAGACUGGGUUUGCAGUGCCAUUUGAGUCUUGUCUGCCAGCAAGGGCUGUCUCUUUGACAGCUUGCAUGUUCAAGAGCAAAAAUCACAGCACAGAUGAUGAAAGCUUAGAAGAAGAUGAAAUUGAUGAGGCAGAAAUUGAGGAGCUGUUCCAGCAGCAGAUCCCCACAGGUAUCGUUGGAGACCACCGAAUCUUCAUUGUUCAUCCUGAUGUGAAAUGGGGCAGCAAAAAGCAAUAUUUGACCACAGCGGCACUUCAAAUGGAAGAGGCUGUUGGUCUGGUGAAUACCUUACAGAACUGGAGUGUUGUUGACAAGAUCAUCCUCUCCACCAAGACACCAGAGAAGAGGAAAAUUUUUGGCAAGGGAAACUUCCAGACACUAACAAAGAAAAUCAGAACAACACCUGGGGUCACAGCUGUCUUUGUGAAUGUGGAGCGUCUUUCACCAUCAUCUGAACGAGAGCUGCAGGAAGCCUGGGGAGUAAUGGUUCUUGAUCGAUACUCGCUUGUUCUACAUAUUUUCCGCUGUAAUGCUAGAACAAAAGAGGCCAAACUGCAGAUCUCUUUGGCAGAGAUUCCCUUGUUCAGAUCACGCCUGAGAAACGAAGUCGCAAACUUAGACCAGCAAGGUGGCGGUUCAAGGUACAUUAUGGGUUCAGGUGAAACUUUGUAUGAAGUGCAGCAGAGGAUGUUGAAGGAACGAGAGCUAAAGAUCCGAUCGGCCCUGGAGCGACUAAGGAGGAAGAGGCAUCUGCUCCGCUCCCAACGCAAACAUAAAGAUUUUCCAAUCAUCUCUGUCAUGGGCUACACUAACUGUGGUAAAACAACUCUGAUCAAAGCCCUGACUGGUGAUGCUGGGCUCCAGCCUAAAGACCAGCUAUUUGCCACUCUGGAUGUUACAGUACAUGCAGGACAGAUGCCAAGUCACAUGACUGUACUGUACGUAGACACCAUUGGCUUUUUGUCCCAGCUCCCUCACAACCUUAUUGACUCUUUCUCUGCCACACUGGAGGAUGUGGCACAUUCAGACCUUAUCAUUCAUGUGAGAGACAUUAGUCAUCCGGAGACUGUGAAUCAAAAAGUCAAUGUACUUAAUGUUCUAAAGAAUCUUCAGAUCCCAGAAAGGCUCUUGAACUCUAUAAUAGAGGUACACAAUAAGACUGACCUCAUGGAAGGAUAUGAAACCUGUGAACCUGAGGUUAUCCCAAUAUCAGCACUGAAACAACAUGGACUGGACAUAUUGAAAGAAAAGAUUGAAGAAGCUGUUGUUAAAUCGACUGGAAAACAAGUUAUGAGCCUCAAGGUGCAGCUCAACAGCCCUCAAUUAGCUUGGCUGUAUAAGGAGGCAACAGUUCAGGCGGUGGAUGAUGUUGGAGAUGACUGCACUGCCAACGUCAAGGUCAUCAUUAGCGAAGCUACAUAUGGCCGCUACAGGAAACAGUUUCAGGUCACCUAGCACCAGAUGGCCCC